GUGGGGGCGGGGCUUAGGGGGGGGAGCGACGCAGUGGGCGGGGCGGUCCUAGUGCCCACCCCGUGCUACGAGUGCGGCCCACUGACGGUAGUGGGCACGGGCAGGCUUGGGGGCGGGCAGCCCAACGGUGACGGCGGUGCCAGCGGUGCCAUGCUGCCCUGAUGGAGCCCAACGCCUUUCCUCAGCUCCAGCUUUGGUGCCCGCGGCCCUUCGGAACGUAUUCCCAGAACAAACCAUGUCCCGCUCCCGCCUCUACCAAGAAACCGUUCUCCUGCCGUCCUACGGAAGAGCCUACCGGAGCCCAGGCUCCCUCCGAGAACACGCCGCCGGCUCCCACCGAUGCCGCUCCGGCUCCGCCGGCGUCGGCGGAGGAAGGCCGGGUGCUGCUGGACACGUGGUACGUCAUCAAACCGGGCAACACCAAGGAGAAAGUGGCUUUCUUCGUCGCCCACCAAUGUGGCGGUGGCACCGGUGGCAUCGGCGCUCCCGGCAGCCGCGCCAACACCAUGAAGGUAAAGGGCAACUGGGGCAGCGAUAGCUCGAAAGCGAAGCGGCGCCGGCGCUGCCAUGAUCCCGCUAAGGCCAAAGCGACCCCAGCGUGGGCUACCGGGAACCGGGACCCGGCUUACCCGCUUUCCGGUGAGUUGGCUGCUACUGCCGGUGAAGGCCCGGACUUGCUGUCGGUGGCGGAGAUGGUGGCGUUGGUGGAACAGAGGACGGCGUUGGCGUUGCAGAGCUUCCCCCGGCCUUGCGGCGCUCCUGCUGCUCCCAUUGUCUUCGUGGAGGCAGCUGGCGGGGAAACCAAAGCGCCGAGCGGUUCCGAUUGCAACCGCGUGGCCGAAGCUGUUGCUCACUUCGAAUCCCGGCAGCGGGAACACGGCACCGCGAGACCUAACGGUAUGUGCCGUCCGGGUGCCGAAUGCGCCGCCACGACUGCCGCGGCAUCAUCGGUGCCGGGUCCUGGUGAAGUACGUAUUGCAUUCCGUAUCUCCAGCAGCCGCGAGACCCGCGCCGGAGCUGCCGCGGCCGAACCGGGAAGCGUUGGACGUCCUAAUUGCGUCUUUAUGAACUGCGGGCCGGCAAACGGUGGCGGCGGUACCGGUGGCGGCCGCGCUAAGGAUAAGAUCACCUGUGACCUCUACCAACUGAUCAGCCCUUCCCGGGAUGCUCUUCCCAACAACGUGGAAUUCCUCUUGGCCGCUGCCGGCUCCAAGGGGGACACGGAUGGCUCCGAUAUGGAUACGGGGUGCGGCGAGGGGUCGGCGUCCGCCGUUAAAGCGGAGAUGAUGGGUGAGGGAAAUAGCGAGGGCUCAUCCGGAAGGGAUUGCGCUUCGGGUUUCCACGUCGACGUGGUUGUAACGGGGGUGGUGGACCAAUGCGUCUUCUUCGGUAAGGACAGCGCUAAGAAGAUGAAGGAGGAAACGGUGCGGCUCCCGGCGGCGCAGGAGGAGCCGCCGCCACCGGGGCAGCUUUUCCUCCUCCCUAUCCCUGAGGAGCCGGCGGCGGCGGCGGCGGCGGAGGACGCGGAAAGCGGUGAGGAAGCGUCGGCUGUUAGCGAUCCUUCUCUUUGCCGGUUGUACCGCCACGUAUCCCACGAUUUUUUGGAGAUCCGGUUUAAAAUCCAACGGCUGUUGGAACCGCGACAGUAUAUGCUUCUCCUUCCGGAGCACGUCAUGGUGAAAAUCUUCAGCUAUUUACCCACCCACGCUUUAGCCGCUCUGAAAUGUUCCUGCCAUUACUUCAAAUCCAUCAUCGAAACCUUCGGAGUUCAGGCGACGGAUUCCCGUUGGAAUCGCGACCCUUUAUAUCGCGACGAUCCCUGUAAGCAGUGUAAGAAGCACUACGAGAAAGGCGACGUCUCGUUGUGCCGGUGGCAUCCCAAACCUUAUCACCACGAUUUGCCUUACGGGCGAUCCUAUUGGAUGUGCUGCCGGAGAGCGGAUAAGGAAGCGCCGGGAUGUAGGGUGGGAUUGCACGAUAACAAUUGGGUGCAUCCGGCGACGCGGCGCGACGACGGGAGGUGAAAAAAAAGAUGGGGGGACGGACGUAAAGCGGCGUGGACGGUGGCGGCCGAUCUUGGGGACAAAAAGA